UUCAAUGUUGUAUGCACAAUGGUUGCGUUGGGAAGUGGGACCACAACGAUGGCUAUAGACUUUACAACGCGGCGCAUAUAAGUAUGCCAGCUUCGACCGUAUUCUAAAGACCACGCCCAAGGAACCACUUAGUCUUCUCUACUACAACGAGUUCACCAUCAACCACGUCGCAACGAUGAUCCCGCCAUCUUCUUUGAGGUCCUUGCCUCCUGUUCUAAAAAAAGAUUCGGCGGCGGACGUUCGGUUCGAUAGCUUAAAAAGUGAAACUUCGACCACACAUUCGCUACCCUUUUCACGAUAUGCGUUGCCAGUUCAAGUGGAAGAUGUAAUACCACACGCUCGAUCCAGCAGUUUGAAUGGGGAUGAGCAAACCAAGAUUGUUCCUGACCAAUCAACAACAAUCGAGCGACUCGAACAAGAGCGAAAUGGGGGGCACACAGCAGAAAAGCAGACACACGAACCGAAGAAGGACGGGAUGUUGCAACCCACCAGCGACAGUAUCAAGCAAAUCAAAGCCUCCAAGGAUGCGGAGGCAGAAGUCGUCCAUUUGAAACGCGUGGCCGAAAAUUGGAACAUGGAAAAUUAUAAGCUGGAACGCAAGCCCAAAGAGCAAACAGAUCAACAAGACGAAGCAGACAUCAUGAUUCUUGAGAAUGAGCCUUCCAACAGAGCGAAAGAUCUUGGUGUAGUGGCGCCAAAUGCGGACAUUACGAAAGAGGUGGCAAAGCUUGAGUGGGCAUCGCCCGAGUCUCAGCACUUGAAUGAACAAGUGAAGAGUCAGCUUGAGGUUGAGAGUGGUACGAGUCUCGAGGAUGGCCUUCUCAACAAAGCAGAGACGCAUGCCAAAUUGGUGCAAAAGGUUAACGAACUGGAGUGUGCAUUGCUUGAAUCUCAGCAAGAGAAUAAUAAACUCAAAGGUCAGCUCGAAGCUAGUCUUGCCGAAAGAAUGGCAAUUGAUCAAACGAAAGACGCUGAGGCGAGGCAAGAAGGAGCAAAACUGGAAAUCAAUCGCCUAGAAAAGCGCUUGAAAGAGUCCGUCCAGAUUGAGUUAGAAGCGCAACAACAACUUCAUGAAGAAAAUGCUAUGCUAAGAGGGAUGAUUCGCGAUAAGAUCGAGAUUGGAGCCCCAACUUCAGAGGAUUAUGACCAAGAUACGAACCUAGGGACCCUCGACAGAUUGACACUCUCUGACAUACAGAUGAUCUCACAGGAGCCCCAAGCGCUAUCAAUCACUGUGGUAGACUUCUCACCCAACCCAGAUUUCGCAGCCUUCCAACAACCUUCAAGAAGUUCCAUGGUCGAUACAGGUGUGGAUCUACACAACAUGUCUGUCAUCAUCAAUAUCAAGCCAGACGACCGAAAGAAUUGGACUUUCAUCCAGCGCAUUAGAUGUGUUCUUUCUGAAUCGCCUAAACUCGACAUCACAGGUCCGCCCGACUUAGUCGAUGAUCUUACCGAGGCGAUGGAGGCGGUCGGAUACAAACAUGCAGAGCAAAUUGCUCUCGUUACUCACUGGCAGACCAUUGCUCUCGAGUUGAAGGAGCGUGUCAACCAGGGCACCCUAUCAAGAUGCACGAUAGGUACUCAUCGCAGUCUUGUUGAUGAGUUAGAAGCCAUGAACACGAAGUUUGUGCUGCAAGAGCAGCUUUUGAUAGAGUGGCGCGAGAAGAUCGAUGCUGAUAAGAACGAUGGAGCUUUGAUUGAGUCGUCGGUUGAGUGUGACAAAGACGGUAGUUGCCAGAGCGUAGAGAUUUGAUAGAUGUUCGCAGGUUCGAAACGGCGUGAAGACCUACCCAAUGCCGACCUUGCUAUCUACAAGUUCGCAGCGCAUUCUCAAAUUUUCUUUGUAGUUCUUGCUGGAGCGUACUUUGCCAUUCGUCAGGUUGGCGACUCUUCGCGCGAUUUGCUCAAAUGUUUGGGGAUCGUACUGUCUGACGUACUCUCCAAGACCGAAUUGAACGUCUCCUUCUUGUCUUAUGCGUCUGUGCACUCUUGUCGGUGUGCUGUUAACGUAUUCA